AUGGUUUUAAAAGUAUUAGACACCUGUCAAGAAGUAAUGAAUAAAUCUAAAGAUGUUCAAAUUCUUUCAUCAAACAUCCCAAAAUUGGCUGAAAAGGUAGUUUAAAUGAUUUUCUGUUUUAAAAAAAAAGUGUGCCUACUUUGUAUUUUGUGCAAGCCAUAAUUUAUAUUUUGUGGAGUUCGGAUAAAUGUUUUAAGCUUCAUUAUUUACAUAAUUAUACAUGCCUACAUGUAUUUAAAUUAUAUCUUACAUGUACAAUGUACGUCAUAUUAUGUAAAAUACUUUCAUAACUUAUGCCUUUGAAAUAAUUGUUAUUAUUUGUUUAAGAUUUAUACAUUAAUAAAAGAAAAUAAAAUAACACUUGAUGAGUUCAAGAAAUGUCCAUUGCAUCCUCAAAAUGAAGACGAAGAAGCAAUUAAUUGGAUAUUUAUUAUCGACUCUUUAAAUUAUUGUUUUUUUGAUCCCAAUAAUAAACAUCAUUGGACGGUUACCUGGAAAAACCAAAAAUAUUCAGGUUAUUUUGGUUUAUGUGCAGCUGUCAAUAGAGCUUUAGAAGUUUGUAAUUAUUAAAAAUAAAUAUAACUAUAUUAGUAAUUUAGUUAAUAUCAAUGCCAUUAUUUAAUUUUUUUUAUACAGAAAGGAAUAAAAAUGACUGAUAUGAAUACUUGUUUGAAAUUAACUAGAAAUCAACUGGAUGAAAUACUUUUAGGGGAUGAUGGGAUAACUAUUCCACUAUUACAAGAACGAUAUUUGUGUUUACAACAGUCUGCAGAUGUUUUAUUAAAAAAAUAUAAAGGUACAUUAUUAAUCAAUAUAAAAAAACUGUAGUUAAAUUUUAGAUUUAUUAAGUUAUAUAAAACAUAAAUAACACAAGUAAUUUAUUUGUUCAAUUUUAUUUUUAGGAAACUUUGUAAAUUGUAUAUUAGAGGCAAAUCAUUCUGCUCAGAAGUUGUUAGAAAUUAUUUCUGAAAAUUUUUUUUAUUUUCGAGACGAAUCAAUCUAUGAUGGCAAAACAGGUUAUACAUCAAACAAACUAAAUAAUACCCAAUUUUGAAUGUAAAUAUUUUUUAGUUGCUUUUUAUAAAAGAGCUCAAAUAUUAAUUGCUGAUAUUUGGUCAUCAUGCAGGGGUUUGGGCUUUGGUGAAUUCCAUGACAUAAAUACUCUAACUAUGUUUGCAGAUUAUAGGUAGGUAAUUUAUAUUAGUGUAUUGCUUAGUUUUAUCAUUGGUUAUACAAUAUACAGAUAACUUAUACAAUGUUAAUAUCGGUGGUAGCCAGCUAUCAUAUAUUAUAAAAUCAAUGUUUUCAUUAAAAUAAAACCAAAUUAUGUUUACAAUUAUAGAGUCCCUCAAGUACUGUUAUAUUUUGGUGUUUUAAAAUAUUCUGACAAAUUAAAAGAAACUCUUAAACAAGGUAUUAUAAUGUUGUAUAUACUUGUUGAUUAAAUUAAUUAAAUGUCUAUUUAAACAACAAUUAUAAUUUAUAGGUAUUCUGCUUGAGCAUGGAGCACCGGCAGAAGUAGAGAUAAGAGCAGCUUCUGUUGUCGCAGUUAACAAUAUUGUAUGCGAGCUGAAGAACUUAAUAGCUAAAACCAAUAGUCAAUUGAUUUGCAAUUCUAUUAUAGUUGAUACUUAUUUAUGGGGUUAUCGGAGAGAAAAUGCUGCCAUUUUAGAAGAAACACCAUAUCAUAAAACAUUAAAUAUUUAUUAUUAA